AGCCAUGCUGGCUCAAACUUUCUCUGCUCGAUCAGGCUUGCCAUGUCCUUUUAUCUACGGCUACCGUGCUUCCAUGUGUCCCCAACGAGGCCGCCAUGGCGAUCCGACGAUUCCACCAUGAGGAGCAGUGGCGCAGGGACCAACGGCUCGUGAGGGCAAUUCGCGUGAGCAGCAGUGGGGAGGACGGCGCUUGCCAGCGAUUGAGCCGCACGGCUGCGAGGCGGGGAGCUCGCCCUGCCCUGCAAGGCGCACCUUGCCGACGAGGAGGCUCGAAGAAGAAUCAUUUACAUGAACAUUUUGACGGUAGGCUUAAGGGAAUAUUCAUAAGUAGUCCCAGCACAGUCUGUGGACGUUUUUUUUCUGCAUUUUUGUUUUUUUGUGGGAAAAGUUCUUUUGAGUAUUUCCCUACCUAGGCUCUGCCUAGAAGGGUUCUUACUCUCUAGCUUAAAGGGGUCUUCACGACGCGAACUUGCCGUAUGUUUGUGCAGUGGUUGGGCCCCGUGUUCCUCGCAGGCGAGCCGGUGGGCGUCGCUGGCAGCCGUUCCCCACGUUGGCCAGCCGCCUCAGGCGUCGAGGGCCAGAGGAGGAAGAGGUGCCGAUACCGCUGCCACGUUAGCCUUGUUUUCGUCCUUGUCGGCCUCCAGGGAGGCCUUCGGUAGCAAAUCAUGGGAGCAUUCUGCGUCCUCAGAUGGCGGUGGGUGGUAAUCGGGCUGAGUCUCUGCUGGGGCGCCGGGCGGGAGGUUUGCUCUGCCACGGCGGCAUCAGAGCAGGCGGCCUCAGAGCAGGCUCUGCCACGGCGGCCAGAGGCCGGGGAACAUGCGGCAAGCAACAGGGUUUCUAUCGCAUUUUCAGAUUCUUCUCAGCCCUCUUGGGGGUCUCUUGGGAGCCGGCCGUCUGUCGCUGGAGUUGCGCAGCCGAAGCAGUUAGUGCGGCAAGUUUUUUUGACAUAUGCGAGCCCGCCAUUGGGCCUGUACACCAGUCGACUUUUCGCCCAGUCCGCCUCAGGUGACUGGUUGUACCUCCAGCAGCAGUUCUCGAACGCCUGACCCUGGAACGUUUAGGUGAGACGGACGGAGUCCUCUCACUGAUUGAUCAGCGCACUGAUCGCACUGGUUGGUAGGGACGGACGGAGUCCUCUCACCGAUCAGCGUACAACGUGCUCUGGGAUAUCCGUUGGUGCGGCCCACCAUUACUGGGGGAGUCGUCUGUUGCUGGAGAACCGCAACCCAAUCAGUUGGAGCAGGACGCCUCUUUGCAAGUGCCAGCCCGUCAGUGGGCGUGUACACCAGUCGUGAUUCGCCAGGUCCCCCUCAGGUGGUUGGAUGCACCUCUAGCAGCUGAUCUCGAACGCCUGACCCUGGAACGAAACAUGGGCUGGACGGGGUACCCGUUGGUGCGGCCCAUCAUCGCCGGGGAAAGGAGGUCGGGGACCUGGCCGGAACGCUGUAUCGCUAUACGUACACGUAUGUAGGUAUAUUUUUGCAUGCUCAUUGUUUUUUGGUUUCGUGCAUACAUACAUGUAUGCACGUUGCAGCUUUUCGUUGCCGCGCCUCUCGCCUCAGGUGUUGGAGAGAAACACGAGCGUCACGCAUGUUCGAUAACCCUGGAGCCUGCGCGCGUGA